AUGCAAUUACAACCAACCAGACAAAAUGAAGUUAAUCAAUAUAUGGAUCCAGCAGCAUUCCCGGCGACUGCAUUGACACCACCACAACCCUACACUGGUCAAUUUUCUACCACCUAUACCGCCACAUACACCACACAAAUAACCGGUACUAUAACACCAACACAUAAUCAAUAUGGUGCUGCGCCGGUCGCUGCUCCAUUUAAUGCCCAAUAUACUAUUGCUAAAUUGGAUAUUCAUCAAACUAACACUACUACUACUCCAAAUGAUCUUAAGUCACGUGAAUUAUACCAAGAAGCUCCCCCAAGUUUUGACCCUUAUGCAAAUGCAUCCUUAUCCGUGAAUUUCGAUCCUAGUACUUCACGAUCAAAUUCGAAUUCAAAUUCCAUACAGCGUUCACAACGAAGCGAAAAACCAGUAGUGUCACGGCCUGUUUCAGGCCGACGGGAUUGGAGAUCGGGUUACAAGCCAAUUGACACUCUAAUAGCAGAUAUUCGAAUACAGUAUCCCAGUCAAGAGCAGCAUAUGUGUUGGAUACCUUUUGAUGAAUUUGAAGGACACCGUUUCGUUGCUCGUGGUGGAUAUUCGGCUAUCUAUCAAGCAACAUGGUUAAAGACUGGUCAACGUAUUGCUCUUAAAUCACUCGACGAGUCGGGUGAUAUCAGUCAAGACUUUCUAGAUAAUUUAAAACGACAUUGGGGACACUAUACCCAACCAGAAUGCUUACGUAUUCACGGAAUAACACAAUUACCGGACAGUGGGGAAUUCAUGUUAGUCAUGCAAUACGCAGUAUUUGGUAACCUUAUGCUAUAUCUUCAACGAAACAGAUUAUCCGGAUGGAAAGAGAAAGUUCAAAUUGUUAAAAUGAUUGCACGUAGCAUGGCCGAGAUACAUAAACGAGGUCUAAUACAUGGGGAUAUUCAUCCGGGUAACAUAAUGAACAUUGAUGGUCAACGAUUCGUGAUUAGUGAUUUGGGUACCACAGGUCCAUCGAAUCGAUUGACCCGUCGUGCGGAACUAAUGACGAAAUGUUGGGAAUCUAAUCCUCGUAGUCGACCUGACGCACAAGAAGUCUUACAGUUUAUCUUCCGGUGGUUGGUAAAUGACCGUGUUGAUGAAGUGAAAAAAGGUGGCGCAACGAGAUCACUGAGCAACUCUGGAAAUGACCGUAUUCAUCCGGAGGCUGUGUAUCAUAGUCGACCAUUAGAAUUCCCAAAUUUGAGAUUGCAUGGUAGAAAACCUGUUUCCUCUGUUCUUAUGCCACGAUCGAAUCAAGUUUAUGAUCGAAAAAGCAACUACCUUGGUUUACCAACUGAACUGUAUACUGAAUUUUUCCAUCAAAAGAUGCCGGCUGAACAAGCUCAACAAAUGGCUAAGCUGGCAGCUAAUGCUCCACCUGCUGUUCGAAAACAAAUGAUGAGCAUUUAUAUAACAGAUGAUGAAAUAUCUACGGUUACAGCUUUCUGGGCAAAUGACGCCCCACCAAUGCCAACUGAUACUCUUGUCCAAUAA